ACACGCACAGGCGAGUACACACAAAUGUGUGUUGUAUUGGAUUUUUUUCUCGGCGGAGAACAUUUCGGAUUGCUGCAGUUUUCGGGAUUUUGGGAUUUCGGGAUCGCCCAGCGUCGAAUUGAGCGUCCAACAUGAACGAGGGGAGCCAGUACUCCAUCCACACGGUGUGCCGCACCUGCCUGUCCACGCUGGACGACGCGGCGGCCUACGAUCUGUUCCGGGUGCCCGGCCUGGCCAAAAAGCUGUGCGUGUGCACCUCCUUGUCCGUGGAGCAGGCGGACGGCUUCCCCAAGAACCUGUGCACCCUCUGCUUCUCCAAGCUGAACGAGCUGCACGACUUUCAGAAGCAGUGCGUCGACUCCGUGCAGAAGUUCCAGGACCUGGUGGCCAGCAACGCAUUCGCCUGCCAAACCAGCUUCGAUGUCCUGGACACCGGUGCCCCCGUGGCGGACAUGCCCGGCGAGGAGGAGGACAACGUGCACUUUGAUCCGCUGCUCAACUCCAAGAUCGAGAUCAUCGAGAACGAGGAGGAUGUCUUUAAGAUGCUCGAGACCGUCGAGAAGGAGGUCGAGGAGGUGGAGAUGGAUCAGCUGGAACAGCCGUUCGCCGACGAAUCGCAGGACGACUCCUUCGAGAGCGGCAACGAUAACGACCUGGACGCGGACUUUCAGCUGAACAGCAGCGACGACGACAUUCCGCUGGCCCAGCGCAGCCGUCGCGGGGCUGCCCGUGGUCCCAAAGCCAAGGCGAAGUCGAAGGCAGCCGCCAACCGGCAGGCGGAUGAGGAGUCCGAAGAGUCCAGCUCCUCGGAGGACUCCGACGGCAACGUCAAGGAGAAGGCCAAGCGCAAGAGGAUUCCCGCCAAUGAGCGGGAUCGCCACCGGCUGAUUGAUUGCCACAUCUGCCACCAGAAGUUCAAGAAGGCUAUCCGCUACGAGGAGCACAUGAAGCAUCACAAUGAUCUGCUGCCGUUUCAGUGCACCGUUGAGAGCUGCCGGAAAGGCUUCACCACCGCCAACGGACUGCGAGUUCAUGUGGAGCACGCCCACACGGAAACAUCGGCCAUGCAUCCGUGCACCUACGAGGGGUGCAACAAGUCCUUCGCCCGCCCCGUGCUGCUCAGUUUCCACAUGAAGCGGGUGCACAAGGUGGACACCCCGCAGAGGGACUUCCCCUGCACGGAGUGCGAGAAGGUGUUCCGCUGCCCCACCGCCCUCAAGAAGCACAUGUACAAGCACACCGGCGAGGAGCUACCCUUCGCCUGCGAGAUCUGCGGCAAGCGUUUCCCGAUCAACAGUGUGCUGCGCGACCAUCUCCUGCGGCACGCGGGCAUCAAGAACCACGUGUGCCCGUACUGCGGAGUGGGCAAGACGACGCGGCAGGAGUGGAACAAGCACAUCCUGACCCACACCAAGGAGAAGAAGUACGAGUGCCGGCAGUGCGACCACGCCUCCCACAACAAACAGGCUCUGGCCAACCACGUAAAGGUGGUGCACGAGAAGCGCAAGGACUUCGCCUGCCAGUACUGCGGAAAGACCUUUGGCAAGUCGCACGCCUGCAAGAUCCAUGAGCGGAGUCACACCGGGGAGAAGUGCUGCGAGUGCAAGAUCUGCGGAAAGGUGUUCCUCUUCGAGAAGGGCCUCACCAAGCAUUUGAAGACGCACGAGAAACGCGACCUGCCUAAGACGCAGGGGGCCAAUCCCGACGGAGCCAGUGGCUCCUCUACGAUUGCCAAGCCCAGUCCGCAUCUGCGAGGCCGCGUCGAGCGGGUGGACAUCGCCCAGCUGGCAGGAACGGUGGCCAACCCGAUUCCAUCGGUAAACCUACCCUCGUGGUCGCCGCAGGUAAACUUCACCAAGAAGGAGGGCCAACACAUCUGCCCGGACUGCGGCAAGGGCUUCAACCACGUCAGCAACAUGAAGCUCCACUACAAGGUGGUGCACCAGAAGGUGAAGGACUUCUGCUGCCGCUUCUGCCCCAAGAGGUUCGCCAAGAAGCAGUAUCUGCGCCACCACGAGUACAUUCACACCGGCGAAAAGCCGUACGAGUGCAAGGUGUGCGGCAAGCACUUCCGCCAGGAGCAGGUGCUCAAGACGCACAUGAAGGUGCACGACAAGCCGCCGCGUCCGCCGGGCAAGCCCAAGGACCCAGCGGGUCCCAAGGCCGAGACCAGCACCACGGUGAAGCGGCAGCAGCCGAAGAACUUCGAGCAGUACCAGGAUCCGGCAGCGGAACGGGCUGCGGCCACCGCCGAGCUGCUGGCCUACCAGAUCGAGGAGAACGAGGCCAAGCGCAAGGCGGAGGCGGAACUGCGGAAGAUCCAGGAGGCGGCCUACGAGCAGCUCAACAAGCUCCAGAAGCAGACAAACACCUACGACGGCUUUUAUGCACAGAAGGCGGAGGCGGAAGGCACUUCGGUGGAUGCCCUGAAGCUGGACCAUGUUUGAGUGGCACGAUAGACCGGAAGUAGUUGCAACCUAACCCGAUUCCGCAUCCGUUCCGAUCCCUUUCAUUAUGUGUUUCUAUGAAGGACAUAUGAGUUAUAGGUCUCUAAGAUUUACCAACUAGUUUUCAUCACUUCGCAGACAUGUUUUUACUGUUUUGUAUUUAGCCCCCCUCUCAGCUGCUUAAGUUUGUACUCUACUAAUUGUAUUCCCUUAUUAAUGAUUUUAAUGAUUUAAUUUUAAUAAAAUAAACAGCAAUAAGUAUAAAAA